CCGGUUUCUGAUCUGGAUCCGGUCCGGUUUCUGAUCAGGAUCCGCUCCGGUUUCUGAUCUGGAUCCACUCCGGUUUCUGAUCGGGAUCCGGUCCGAUUUCUCUUUCCGUGGCUCCCCCUCACUGCGGGAGUCGGGUCUCUGAAGCUGCUGCGAGAAUCUUCCGAGAGCGAGACCCGGGGGGAGGCGGCGGGAGACACAGGCAGAGGCAGAGGGUGGGGGCAGGGCCCGGGCCUGGCCUGGACCCGGAUCCAUCGGGCCCGAGGCAGCGGCUGCUGACGUGUUCGUGUGAGAGAGAGAGAGAGAGCGAGCGGGAAAUCCGGCCACAGCGGGACAGGGACAGGGACAGGGAGAGGGAGAGACCCCGGCCCCGGCCUGCUGCCGGGAUGGAGACGCUCUACCAUCAGACCAACAAGCAGAUUCAUGAGGUGCAAACUCACAUGGGGCAGCUGGAGAAGGCGGAUGCGCAGUCUGUUCACUUGGUGGAAAAUGAAAUACAAGCCAGAAUAGAUCAGAUUUUCAGCAAUCUGGAGCGCCUUGAAAUACUGACCAGCAAAGAGCCUCCAAAUAGACGGCAAAAUGCUAAACUCAAAGUGGAUCAACUAAAAUAUGACUGCCAGCACCUGCAAACAGCUCUGAAGAAUUUUCAGCACCGUCGAUAUGCCCGUGAACAACAGGAUCGAGAGAGAGAAGAACUGUUGUCACGCACAUUCACAACCAACGAUGCUGACACCUCAAUAGCAAUAGACGAGUCCUUGCAGUUUAACACUUCUUUACACAAUGCACACAAAGGAAUGGAUGAUCUCCUGGGGAGCGGGUCCUCUAUUCUGACUGGACUGCGGGAUCAACGGAUGACUCUCAAGGGAGCACAGAAGAAGAUCCUGGAUGUGGCAAAUAUGUUGGGAAUGUCAAAUACUGUGAUGCGUCUAAUUGAGAAGCGAGCGUUCCAGGACAAGUUCAUUAUGAUUGGUGGGAUGGUGGUCACCUGCAUUAUCAUGGUCUUGGCGGUUAAAUAUUUGACAUGAGUCAAUUUUGUCUUGUGGACUCUGCUUCAGGGAAAAUAAAGAAUCAGUAUUUCCAUGAAAA